AUGAUCGGGGCGCCCGCUGGGCGUUCGGCCGUCCCCUGUGCGGCCAGGCCGGCCAGGCGCGGCUCCAGGCACCAGCACAGACUGCUCGUCCUGGGCGCCACCCUGGCCCUCCUGGCCGUAAUCCUGUGGGCGCGCACGCUGCAAGUGGCGCCCGCCGCGCGGCGCUGCGCAGGGCCGUGGGCCAAGCUGCAGGAGGGGGGCGCCCGGCCGCGGGUGGCGAUCGUGGCUCUGUCGGACGUGGGGCGGAACGUCAGCAAGGAGCUGUGGGAUCCCAAGGGCCGGUCGUUCGAGGGCGUGCUGGAGGCGACGAGGGAGAACAAGGAGGGCUACGCCAGGCGCCACGGAUACAGGUACUUUGACGCCAGUUUUCUGCUGGACACCAGCCGCCCGCCGUCGUGGAGCAAGAUACUCGCGGUGCAGUACUACCUGGCAGAAUACGACUGGGUAUUUUGGAUGGACUCGGACUCGGUGGUCACAAACCCCGACAUCAAGCUGGAAAGCAUCCUGCCGGCGGGGGAGCGCCUGGACUUCAUCGUGACCAAGGACCCAGCAGGGUACAACGCGGGCAUGUGGUUCAUCAGGAACUCGCCGUGGUCUCACAAGUUCUUGAGAACCUGGUGGGGCAUGAGCAGCUUCGUCAGAAAGGCCGGAGACACCAAGAGCGGGGACAACGACGCCCUGAAACACAUCCUGGCGAACAUGGAUGAGACCGAGCUUGAGGAGCACGUUGGGGUAGCCCCUCAGUGCACCUUCAACUCGUAUGUCUUCAAGUCGUCCGUCAGGAAUUGGAUACGGCACGCGAUGGACCCUGAAGAAUUCGAGUGUGGCUUGCACCAGCAGGGGGACUUCAUUGUGCAUUUAGCAGGCAUGCAGGACAAGUUGGUGCACAUCCGGAAAUUCCUUAACGAACGGCCCACAGGCUCGAAGGCGCCGUAA